AUGUUUAAUUUUAGAAUUAAUUCCUGUAUAGAAGAUAUAUCAAGAAUCUUUGGUACUAUAGAAAACCUACACAAGACAGAGGAUGUCCUGAAUUCAGAUGAAUUAGUUACUGAUGAAUUUUGUACUGUCUUAGAAAAAGUGGUUUCUGUUAUUUCUCAGUCAUCUGGAAUAAUAGAGUUUAUUUUACCACAUAUUGAAGAAAUUAGGAAGCAGAAUAUCAUUAGGUUAUUGGUUAAUCCAUAUUUAGAAGUAGUGAACUGGACCAAAAUUGAUUUUUCAUGCCAACCUACUGUAACAAAAGCAGAGCUUCAAUGGAAGAAUCUUUGUUAUUUUAUUGAAAAACAUUCUGUUUCAACCACAGAACAACAUUAUGUGCCUCAAAUGACUUCCCAUAAUCAUUUCAAUUUAUGCCUUCUUAAAAAUUAUGUAAAUAAUUUACAUAAUAUAUUUGUCUCAGACUUAGUAUGGGAGAAAUAUAGAGGUUUUCGCAAGAAUUACUUUGACCAUUACAGUUGUGACUGUUCACUUACAGGAUCUUGUUUUAGUUGCAGUUUAAAAUUAGCUAUCCAGUGUAUAUAUGAAGAUGAACUUUUAAUUUAUAUUGGGUGUUUUCAUCCACAAAUUAUUACCCAGUCUGCUGUGCUUGACACAUAUAUCAAGAUUAUAGAGAGACAUUUCUAUGAUUUAAUGAAUCUGAUUGAAGAAUGUGUAAAUAGGAAAAUAGAUUUACCUGAAGAAAUUAUAAGUCUUUUAAAUACCUCAAAGUUUUCUUCUGAAAAUUCUAGGUCUUGUUUAAUUUGUUUUGUGCAAAAUAAUAUAAACACUGAAAUUGCCUCUAUUAUUUACUGUAUUCAAAAUAACUUUGGAACGGUGAGUUUGUGGAACAAAAUUUUUGUUCAUUCAAUUAUUAAAAUAGUGGAAACUCUGUCAUCAUUUGAAGAUCAAGUAAAUGCUUUUAGUCCCACUUCUAAAGAUUCAAAAAUACAUUUUCAUGCUGAUGAUCUUUCAACAUUACUUGAAGGUUCAAGACUUGUAUUGGCUACAGACAGCCCUGAGCAAUCUCCAUUUCAUGGAACUGUUCAUGAAAAUUUUUCAAAAAGGUCUUCACAAGUAGAGACGUUGAAAGUAUCUAUUCUGUGGAAUUGGAGGUUAUCAAUAGUUGAGCAUGGUUACUUGACAAAGCUUCAGAGAUCUUUGCAAAAUGAUGUAGAAGAAGUUGUCAAAAAAUGGACCGAGAAAGAGAAACAAAUUCUGCAAGCAAAUCAAUGGCAGGAGCUUUUAGAUUCAGAAAAAAAUUGUAAUUUUUUUUCUCACUCUAUGCACACAAGAUCUUUAAUGCGCAGUGUUGAAAACACUAUACAAAUUCUAGAAAAAUAUUUACCAAUUCUUUCUGCCUCAUGUGGUGCAUUUCUACCAUUCAAGUCAUCAUUUUCUCACACACUUGAAACUUAUGUUAUUGAUUUGAUAAAACAUUUGCAGCAUAUUUCUAAAGUAGCUGAUAAACACUUUUUAAUAUACUUUGAAUACAUAGCUGCUAAUAAUGCACUUUUCUUAAGAGACAGAUUGCAAUGUUAUUGUCAGAUUUUGAAAGAUUCUUCAGAUUCUGAGAAUGAAAAUUCUAAAAAUAAUGUAUACCAAUCAGCCUGUGAGUUGGCUGAUGAACUGGUGAGUUCAAUAUUUCUUCACCAUUACAAGUAUCUUAUCUGUGGUAUCUUGUUUGAUGCUGAUAGCUAUAAUUUUGAAGACAAGAAGGCAUUUUUUGAGGGUGAAAGAAUUGCAUAUAGUAUCCAGAUGUGGAAUAUAUAUAUGAAAGGACUUUUUCAUGACUUAGCUUACUUUUUGCCCCAGAAUAUUGCCCAAGAGCUGUAUGCGAGAAUUUUAUCGAUUUCUCUUGAUCAUUUUCUUAUAAGAUAUUCACACUGCAGUCCAAGUGAAUUUAGAACUCCUCAAAUUGCAAAAGAUGUAUUUACUGUUCUUUUGUGUGUCAGUGAACUUCUUUAUCCAGCAUGCUCUUCUGUGUCGCAUAUAACUGGAACAAAAAAUGAAAUGGAUCAAAGUAUCAUUACAUCAUACAUCAAUGGUAUACACAGCACUUGCUGCUGUUUAUUAACUGUUCUUGUGAUAUCAAGUGCACCUCUUCAGGACUUGCAUAAAGUAUUUAAAGAUGGCUUUCCUGUACCUCGUUUAUCUCUUCGUAUGAAGUCUGAGGCUGUAGCUCCUUGGUUACCAUGGAUAAGAAGAGAACUAUUUACAGACUUUGGCCAAAGUCAUAUGAUGUCUAAUGUGGCUGUUUGGCUUGCUGUGAGAACUUGUACAACAUGGGCUUUUCCAAAUCCAUGUGAAAUCAUUCAAGCAUUUACUGAACAUCAUUGUACAUUGUCUAUUUUACUAAUGAUGCAAGCUACAUAUUGUAAUGAUCAGUUGAAUGAAAGGGGUGAAGAUCAACACUUUACAGAAGAUUCUAAAAUUAGGUUUGCAUAUGCUGUGUUUCAGUUGAUGUUAUGCUACAAUGAUAAAUCAUGUCUACAUGACAUUCUUCUCCCAGUUAUUGAAAAGACAAAUGGUUGGGAAGAAUUUGAUAUUUCAACUGCAAGUAAAGCACUGACUGAAAGAUCUUGGUGGUAUACUGGACUUUACAGAAUUCUGAGAUCUUAUUUUGAAAGCGUAUUUGAAGAAUUGGUGCCCUUUUGGUCAAAAAUUAAAAGAAUAUGUGAAGCUUCAUCUGAGUUAGAAUCAUGGACUAUAUUAAGAAAUGAUUUAAAAGAAUACGUAAUUUGCAUUUGUAAUAAAGAUCCUUUAAAUUCUUUUAGAGAUGAUUUUGAAAUAUCUGAUGAAAUUGUUUCAUAUUUAUGUUUAAAGAAAAUUCUGGAAAGUAUGCAUAAAAAUUUGGUAUCAUUACCUCAAGCUCUUAAAUUUUUCCUAAUAUCUAUUGAUAUUCAUAUUGAAAAUUAUGUACCUGAGAUACAACCUAUUUGGCAGUCUGUUCCUUUACAGGUUCUUCUGUCAGCUGCUGUUUUAUAUCUCACUGAUGAUGGAUUUGCUGCAAUAACCAAUAAUGUAAGAGAUAUGGCUUGCACUACGAGAUGUGCACUGAAGUUAUUCCUGUCUAAGAAAGACCCUUUUUCGAUCAAUGCACCUUAUAUGAAUAUAAUUGAAAUGCUUUUGUCAUCUAUGCAAGCAGAUUUUAAUUGUUUAAAAAAUGAUUUUGGAAAAAAUGUUAAGGAUAAGAAUUUUGAUGACAUACAAAAUGAAAUCCUAGAACUAACUACUAGCAAACUCAUUCAGAUGCCUUCUGAUAUCAGUGAAAAUAAAGUUACAGAUAGUUAG